AAACCAAAGUCAUCUACAACCUGUGGUCCGCUCAUCCUUCAUUAACAAGGAUAUUACAUUAAUUUUAAAAAUAAAAAUAAAAAUAAACUGACGCAGUGACGCACUGACGCUCUGACGCAGGCCUCACGCUGGACAGACACAAGAUGGCGGAGGUGUGGGUGACCGCUCCGGCUCUGGGCCUCAGACCGCGGCCUGUGCUCGGCCUCUCUGCGGCGGGACAGCUCCUGGAACACUUCCAGCGGAACACGGGUCUGUGCGACCUGUACGUUGUGUGUAACGGUCGUGUGGUGGACAGAGACGAGCUUCUGCAAAAUGGAUCAGUGUAUCACCUGGAAACUCGACUGCGCGGAGGAAAAGGAGGUUUUGGGUCGAUGCUUCGUGCACUCGGAGCUCAGAUCGAAAAGACGACAAACCGAGAGGCGUGUCGCGACCUGAGCGGGAGAAGACUCCGCGACGUCAACCACGAGAAAGAAAUGGCCGAGUGGCUGAAGAAGCAGGCGGAGCGAGAGGCGGAGAAGGAGCAGAGACGACUGGAGCGACUUCAGAAGAAACUUGCCGAACCAAAGCAUCAUUUUACAGACGCCCAGUACACACAGCAGUGCCACGAGCUAGCGGAGAGACUGGAGGACUCUGUGAUUAAAGGUCUUCAGGUGUCCUGCGGCUCCGGGCUCGGCGGCUCCGGGCUCGGCGGCUCCGGGCUCGGCGGCUCCGGGCUCGGCGGCUCCGGGCUCGGCGGCUCUAAACGCUCCAGUGAGGAGACAGAGGGACCAGUGAACAAGAAGAGCCGCAGCGACGCCCCCUUCACCUGGACCGGCCUGGACCUGAGCUCUGACGACGACACGGACCAAGAGUCUGACCUGGAACAAGAGACCCUGCCCUCUGCCCCGCUCCCUGUUUCACCCUCUGCCCCGCUCCCUGUUUCACCCUCUGCCCCGCUCCCUGUUUCACCCUCUGCCCCGCUCCCUGUUUCACCCUCUGCCCCGCUCCCUGUUUCACCCUCUGCCCCGCUCUCUGUUUCACCCUCUGCCCCGCUCCCUGUUCUGCCCUCUGCCCCGCUCCCUGUUUCACCCUCUGCCCCGCUCCCUGUUUCACCCUCUGCCCCGCUCCCUGUUCUGCCCUCUGCCCCGGCACCGCUCCCUGUUCUGCCCUCUGCCCCGGCACCGCCCUGUGCUCCACCCUCCUCCUGGUCCUCCAGCAUCGAAGUGUCACAGUCCGAGGUUCGAGGUCCAGAACAGUCCGGGUCAAGCGGCUCUGAGGUCAAACCUGUUCCAUCUGAAGACCGAACCAAGACCACAGGACCCGCUGACCCUCAACCUGAGUCCAGACCGAGUCCACCUGCAGAGUCCAACUGUAGACCCGAGGGAGGCCCUGGCCAGUCCGGUCCUUGUCUGGUCCAGAUGAAAUCUGCAGAGUCCAGAUCUAGUCCAGAGCAGAACCAGGACCAGACUCCAGAUCAGCUCCCGGUCCCGGUUUUGGACUUGGACUCGAUCUCUGGUCCCGAGGACCUGGAGGCUCUGGGUCUGAACGUUCUGAAGGAGGAACUUAUGAGACGAGGCUUAAAGUGCGGAGGAACGUUAUCAGAGCGCGCACACAGACUCUACAGCGUGAAAGGAAAGAGCGACGGAGAAGUGGAGCCGAGUCUGCGGGCGAAGAGCAAGAAGAGAGGGAAGUGAGGGAGGAAGAGAAGAACUGAAUGUUUUUAUUUUAAAAUCUUUGGUUUUUUUGUAUUUUUCCAUUUGAAUCUGCCUCAGGAGCGACUCGUGACUUUUCUGAUCAGUUUGGAAUAAAACUCCAGGUCAAACGUU